AUGACAUCGACGGAAACGUUGACCGAGGUCAGCUCUGCUGGUGCGGAUGGCCAAAUCAAAUAUGCACCUGAAGAGGACUACGAUCCAUACCAACAUCGUACCGUCGCCAAACCGAACUCCACAAUUGGAACGUUUAUACACGUGAUGAAAGGAGCCAUGGGCGUUGGGAUCCUAUCGAUGCCAUACGCCAUACGGAAUGGAGGACUUAUUUUUGGAGUUAUUGGGACGUUCUUACUAGGACUACUUUAUUCACAUUGUGUGCAUCUACUAGUCGGUACCGCAUAUAAAAUCUGCAAAAGAGAUCGUGUCCCUAUGCUGACCUUUGCCCAGACGGUUGAUCGUGCAAUUGCCCUUGGUCCAGUCAAGACAAGACCGUUGGGUAAAAUAUUAAAGACAUUUACCGAUUACUACCUCAUGAUUUCGUUUGCGCCUAUGAUUUAUAUGGUGUUCGUCGGCUCAACACUACACGACGUUAUCAACAGUCGUACCGAUCUUGAAUGGGACGUCCGAAUCUAUAUUUUAUUGGCCGCGAUACCAGCGAUUGUGAUUACGCAAGUUAGGGAAGUGAAAUAUCUUGUGCCAUUCUCAGCCAUCGCGACGACGCUGAUCUUUGCCAACGUCGUGAUUUCUUUGUAUUACAUCUUUAGAGAACCUCUUUCCACCGACGAUCGGGAUCUAUUUCCAACAUUUAGUUCAUUGACAAAAUUCCUCGGAGCUGCAUACUUUGCAUUUGACGCAACUUCGUUGAUAUUCCCCGUCUCUAAUCAGAUGAAAAAUCCUCAGCAUUACCUCGGCUGCCCGGGUAUCGUCAACAUCAACAAUAUUUGCUUGGGAUUCUUAUACAGCUUUCUUGGGCUGAUGGGAUACCUUCGAUACGGCGAUGCAAUCCAAGGCUCUAUCACGCUGAACUUUCCUACCGAAGAAAACUUGGCGUUAAUCAUCCAAGUCCUGUCGGCUGUCGCCAUUCUCUUCUCGAUUGGUAUAUUUUUCUACGUCCCACAAGAAAUCAUAUGGCGAAAGUUGCACCGACGGGUUCAACCACAGUGGCACAUGGUCGUGCAGUCACUCGUUAGGUUCUUGUAUUUGGCAGCGAUCGUCGGGAUUGCGUGUGGCAUUCCAGAUAUCGGAACGUUCGUUGGAAUUAUCGGAGCCAUCUUUAAUCCCAUCUUGGCUCUCUGGUUUCCUAUAAUAGUCGACACCGUGUACCGAUGGCCUUCGGACUUUGGCUGGAUGAAGUGGCGGUUGGUGAAGAACUUUCUUAUGGGGGCGUUUGGAUUAUAUCUUUUGAUUACCGGGACAAUAUCAAGCGUGGAAGACAUCAUUGACCUCUACGACUAA